CUGCAUACGUUGCCCUUCUGCGCCUCUACUGUACUUCUACUGUACUUCUAGGAGGACAACACCCAAACACCACCGUCUUGUGAUCACACCACCACCAUUAAUUCGCCGUCGCGGAGUUUCAAUCGAGCACUCUUCUGCUGCAGAAUCCACGAUUGAUCCCAACCAAACCUCCACACUAUCGCAUCGGCUACCUAGGUACUUUGUGCCGAUUACACUCGUUAACCUCCGCCUUGUCCUAUCCUGUCUGUCGAGAACGCGAAUAUCUGACCAGAUCAGCCACAACAACACGAAGCCACUCAUCCGUGCUUCGUCAUCCCCUCUUUCGUUCAAACCAGAGAAAUCACUCUACUCUCCUCGAUAGCAGCACAUCAGACUCGUCCAUCCAACGAUCCGACGGUGGACUGGAAGUGGCAGAUCUUGGGCAUGCAAUAUCCGAUAUCCCACCAACAGUAAAUAAACCACAGCAAUGGCAUUACGGAGGUCCCUAUUUUUAUUGCUGGCCUCUUCAUGUGCGGAAGCAUUUUAUAUCCCAGGUAAAUCAUCAAGAAAUCGUAAGACCGAGCCAUGACUGAUCACCUCCAGGCUGGUCCGUCAAGAGUUAUAAAGAUGGCGAGGCCAUUCCACUACUGGUUAACAAAGUUUACUCGGAUAAUACACAAUUGCAGUAUGCAUACUACGACCUUCCAUUCAUAUGUCCACCAACCGGGGCUUCCCACGCCGGGUCUUCGCUGUUGAGUGGGCAGAGUAUAUCUUUGAACUUGGGCGAGGUGCUACGAGGUGAUCGAAUAACACAAUCCGAUAUCGAAUUGGUCAUGGGAAAAGACCAGACAUGCAAUGCCCUUUGCACAAAGACGAUAUCAAGAAAAGACUUGAGACGAGCAAGAGAAAUGGUACGCGGUGGAUAUGUGGCAGAAUGGAUUGUCGACAAUCUGCCGGGAGCUACGAGUUUCGUCACGGUGGAUAAAUCGAGAAAGUACUACGCAGCGGGAUUCAAAAUGGGGUACAAGGACAUUGAAAUAAAUUCCGGGAAACAUCGAUUUUAUAUCAACAAUCAUCUGACCAUCGUCAUUCGCUACCGAAAGGCACCUGCAAAGGAUGGCGAAAGGGGUGGUAAAGUGGUGGUUGCGUUUGAAGUAUACACGAAGAGUGUGGGUCCGGAGAAGAGGUUGGAGGAUGGGUGUCCCGAGGAUUUGAGCGAAGUCGAGACGCCAAUGGAAUUAUACAUCAAGCCGAAUUCGACUGAUUUCUCCUCGCAAUAUUCUCAAUCUUCAUACUCUCCUCCUGAAACCGAGUUAGAUGGAGAUGACGGGGCAACGUUGGAUAUUCCCUACACAUAUUCGGUUUACUGGCGUGAAGACGACAAGAUUGAGUGGGCACAUCGAUGGGAUCUGUAUUUUGUCAAUCAAGAGGAAGGAUCCAGAAUACACUGGCUUGCAAUUGUCAAUUCAUUGAUUAUUUCCGGAUCUUUGAGCGCGAUUGUGGCUAUGAUUCUUGCGAGAACCAUUCGAGGCGAUAUUAAGACGUACAAAGAAUCCGCUUUGGAAGACGGCAAAUCCAAACUAAAGAGAAGAUCCCGACCAGGAAGUGGAGCACGGACACCAAAACUCGCAGAGAAGGCUAUGGUAGGGUUACUCGAACAGGUAGGAGAUGACAAUAAUGAUGCCGAUGUUUCAUCUGAUGAGGAAGCUCUGGAAGAUGUCACAGGAUGGAAGUUGCUACAUGGCGAUGUGUUCCGCGCUCCCGCUUAUGGUUAUCUUUUGGCACCGCUCGUUGGAUCUGGAAUGCAAUUGGUCUUUAUGGCUGUGGGAUUACUAUUUCUCAGCAGCUUAGGUAUAUUGAAUCCUAGCUUCCGGGGUGGUUUUGUCAGUGUUGGAGUUGGACUCUUCGUCUUUGCCGGUCUCUUUUCUGGAUAUUUUUCCGGUCGAGUCUAUAAAACUUUCGGUGGCAAGAAUUGGAGAAAGAAUACCCUCAUCACAUCAAUUCUCUUUCCAGGACUAUUAUUCGCUCUGGUAUUUAUCCUCAAUCUGUUUGUCUGGGCUCAAGCGUCGUCCACCGCCUUGCCAUUCGGAACUUUGGUUGCAAUUAUCAUGCUAUGGCUAUGCAUUCAACUCCCACUCGUAUACAUUGGAUCCUGGUACGGCUACAUUCGCACAGGAGCAUGGGAACACCCCACCAAAACCACGACUCUCCACCGCCAAUUACCUGCUCGACCAUGGUACAUCCAACCCAUUCAAUCCAUCCUCCUGGCUGGCCUCAUCCCCUUUGCAGUCAUCUUCAUCGAACUUCUAUACGUCUUCCAAUCGCUCUGGCAAGACAAAUCCGGGUACUACUACGUCUUCGGAUUCCUCUCUGUCGUCUCCAUCAUCCUGAUCCUUACCAUUGCCGAAGUCACCAUCGUAACGAUCUAUAUUAAGCUCUGCAGUGAAGACUAUAAUUGGUGGUGGCAUUCUUUCUUUGUGGGUGGUGCGAGUUCGGUGUGGGUUUUUGGGUAUUGUGCGUGGUAUUACUUUGUUAAGUUACAUAUUGAGGGGUUUGUUAGUGGGUUGUUGUUCUUUGGGUAUUGUUUUAUGGCGUGUUGUGUUUAUGGGUUGCUUUGUGGGACGGUCGGGUUUUUGACGGCUUAUGCUUUUGUUAGGAGGAUUUAUGGGUAUGUGCCUCUCUUUUCCCUUCUUCUCCCUUGACCCACCCCCUUUUCUCUCGCUUCUCGUCGAUCUCUAAACUUUUGAAGCCUUGCUAAUUUAUUGUGAAUAGCGCCAUCAAAGCUGAUUGAUUGGUCUGGGUUGGAAUGGAAUGCAAUGGAGUGUUUGGCGAGCGAUGGAUUUGUUCUAUUCCGGUUUCUUGUUUGGAAUAUCAUGUGUAGUGUAGCGUGGUGUCAUUUGAUAGGCAAUGCAUUACCAUAGAGUGGAAUAUUAAGUUCUGGAAUAUUGGAU